AUGCUAGUCAAAGCUCCCGAGCGAGCAGACCACAUCGAGAAUCUUGCCGAGGCAUUCAGCAUACUCCGAAAAUACAACAUGAAGUUGAACCCGAGCAAAUGCACAUUUGGAGUCUCGUCCGGCCGAUUCCUUGGAUACUUAGUCACCCAAAGAGGAAUUGAGGCACAUCCAAAUCAAAUCAAGGCUAUACUCAACAUGAAGUCACCUGCCACAACAAAGGAGAUACAAAGUCUAACGGGUAGGGCGGCAGCUCUCAACCGAUUCCUCUCUAGAUCUACCGACAAAUGCAGGCCAUUUUUCAAAGCCUUGAAGAAGGGACACAAGGAUAAGUGGGAUGACGAGUGUGAAGUGGCUUUUCAAAACUUGAAAACUUACCUCACUUCACCUCCAUUACUCUCAAAGCCGAUGCCAGGCGAAGACUUGUACAUCUACCUAGCGGUGUCCGACUCAGCUGUCAGCUCAGCUCUCAUCCGAGAAGAGCUGGGGGCACAACAUCCGCCGAAGAAGAGAAGAUGGUUGCGAAAAGCAAGGAAAAAGCGGACGACACCUUCCCCCACCGAUUCGAACCUACCUAACGACAUGUGGCAGUUGCAUGUAGACGGAGCAUCAAAUCACAGGGGAGCGGGAGCGGGAGUCGUCAUAAUCACCCCAGACGGAACCUUGUUGGAACAAGCUAUCACACUAGGCUUCUCUGCUUCAAACAACGAGGCAGAAUAUGAGGCACUGCUUGCAGGACUACGCCUAGCGAAAGAACUGUCGAUCAAGAGACUGGCCGUCUACUCAGACUCCCAACUGAUCACGAAUCAAGCCUCAGGCGAGUACAUGGCAAAGCACCCAAGAAUGGUUCAGUACCUCGACAAAGUCCAAGGACUUUUGAAAGAAUUCCCUACUUUCACCAUCCAACAAGUUCCACGGGCAGAGAACACUCAUGCAGAUGCGUUGGCGAGCCUAGGAUCAGCACUGGACACCCAGUUCAGACGCUCCAUCCCAGUUGAACACCUUGACCGGCCAAGCAUCGAAGAAAUAGAGCCGAUCGACUCAAUGCAGAUUGAUGAGGACCCCAGCUGGCAAGACCCCAUCAUCGACUACUUAGUGAAUGGAAACCUGCCAAUGGAUAAGUCCGAAGCUAGGAAGGUCCAGCAGAAGGCCGCGAGAUACUAUAUGCACGGCAGCAAGCUCAUCCGUAGAUCUUACUCCGGCCCUCAUCUCACCUGCAUAAAGUACCCUCAAACACUUGAAGUCCUCUGCGAAAUUCACGACGGCGAGUGUGGCAACCACUCGGGGGGCAGGUCACUCGCCCAGAAAACUCUAAACGUAGGCUAUUUCUGGCCUACCAUGCGCCACGACUCCGCUGAAUAUGUCAAAAGAUGUGAUCGUUGCCAACGAUACAAGCCGAUCCCUAAUCUGCCUGCCGAAGUUUACCAUCCGCAAAACAGUCCAUGGCCAUUCAUGCAAUGGGCCAUCGACUUAGUGGGUCCCUUGCCACCGGCGCCUGCCAAGAAAGAAAUGAUGAUCGUCGCCACUGAUUACUUUACUAAAUGGAUCGAGGCCGAAGCUCUAUCCUCUACUAAAGAAGCCGAUGUGGAGCGAUUCAUCUGGAGAAAUAUCAUCUGCCGGUUCGGCUGCCCACAAUCGUUGGUCACUGACAAUGGCUCACAGUUCAUUGGCAAGCAGAUCACCGCCUUCUUUGCGAAAUACAAGAUCAAACAACACCUGUCUACUCCAAGGUAUCCACAAGGAAAUGGGCAGGCUGAGGCAUCCAACAAAGUCAUAUUAGACUGCUUGAAGAAAAGGCUAGAAGGCGCCGAAGGGAAAUGGGUGGACGAACUCCCCGGAGUACUAUGGGCUUAUCGCACCACCAAACGAAGGUCGACUGACGAAACCCCAUUUUCCCUUGCCUAUGGAACUGAAGCGAUCAUUCCUCCUCACGUCAAUGUCCCCUCUAUAGGCAUUGAAGUCGGCAGCAUAGAGCAGAACUCCGAGCAGAUGAGACUCAACCUUGACUUACUUGAAGGCGAGCGCGAGAAGGCCAUUGUGCGAGUCGCCUCUUAUCAACAGCGGUUGAAGUCCUACUACGACAAAAGAGCCAAGAUCAGACAGUUUCAACCUGGCGACCUUGUGCUAAGAAAAGCCUUCAUCACUGCACAAAGACAAGGGUCUAAGAAAAUAAAACCCAAUUGGGAAGGCCCUUAUGUAAUCAGCCGGUCCGGGGGCAGAGGAAGCUACACGCUGGACACCAUGGAUGGGAAGGAAAUACCACGGCAAUGGAAUGCCUACCAUCUCCGAAAGUAUUAUCCCGUCCUUCGGGAGACGCAGGGCAACGACCAGAAGCGUCCUUCGGGAGACGCAGCCCAUAAAAAGCGUCCUAAGGGAGACGCAGGGUGCGCCAGGAAUUUCCUAAGGGAGGUAUCCAGGUUCCUAUCCGUUCCCUAA